CUUUGAGUUUGAUGCUAGCGUUGCAAAUAAGAACAGAGAAAACUGGUCAUUGACGAGAAAUUGAAAUUAUGGAACAAGAUUGGAAGAAAGAACUUUGAUACUCUCGAUGACAGUUGUCGAUUCUUUGCCUUCUCGGCAUGAGCUUCCAGCACUUUCCAGAUGCAGCGAACCCUUUCUCGUCUGCGAGCAAUAUCAAACGCAGUCAAAUAGACUCGAAACAGAAUCAACCUCAACUUGCUACUCUCAGUGGGAGGAAUUUGGGCAACCCGAAUCCUGAGAACGUACCUCGAAUUAGUGGUACUAGUAAUGUGAUGUACCGCCGGUAUCGGGCUGACAAUGAUGAUGAUGCUGCUGUGAGUUCGUCUGCGAAUUUGCCGUCGAGCGGAAGGGAUCCUUUGUUUCCCAAUACAUCUGGAGCUCAUGGCUCUGCCUCAGCGAAUUAUUAUGGAAUUGGGUCGUCCUUUGGCAACUCGGCUGCUUCGUCGGCAACAACACCAUCCAGCAGCCAAUCGAUAGCAAGUGGAAGGGCACUUCCCGGUUUCAUUUCGUCAUCAUCUGCCUCUGCCCGUGGUGCAGCUUCUCAAAUGUCCAGCAUCACCAAUGAUUUGUCCCAUUUCUCAAUAUCAAGUAGUGGUGCCAACCCUCAGGCUGGUUCCAGUAGCCACAAUUCCAGUGUAUUGUCCAGCCUCCCUGGUGCUACAGCUACCGCAGAUAGGACGGACAGGACUGGCAAUUCCAUCUCCUCUGCAUUCUUGUCUGGAAAUCUCCCACAGCCUAGGCAGGUGGCAGGUUCAUCCAGAAUUGUGAGUGCUGGGCAAGCGCAGCGGGGAACCAGUUCUACGGCUGCAGGAUCUAUGAGGCAGCCAGCCCUUCCACGCAUGAAUUCGUUUCCUGCUACGUCGGUCACUGGCACCACCGGCCUGUCUAACAGCACACCGUAUUACGAGUCAACUGAUGCUGAGUUCCCAGUUCUGGGUCGUAACGGUCGACGUGGUAGUCAGAGCAACGUCGGCGUUGUCAACCCCUCGGGACAGUCCUCGUUUCCUGCGGCCACGUCUUCGGUCACGACUCCUUCCAACCAGCGACGACCUAUUUACGGCAUGUUGACCAAGUCCAGAGACAGCGAGUUUAUGAUGCACAAUGAUGACUUUCCUGCCUUGUCUACUGGAGGCAGUGUAUUCCAUCAGGGGGAGCGAAAUGUCCUUGCGGACGGAAAAGCAUUUUCGUUUUCAACAUCGCUGAGAAGCCUCUCCGACUCUGUGCCAUUGGUGAAUAAUGUCCCCGGUGACACAGGACGAGAAGGUGGUAAUGCCCGGUCACCUACUGCAGGGAUCAUAGGUCAGAAGGUGAAGCCAGCCGGUAUGCAAUCUCUCCGAUCUAGCUUGAGUACUAACGGACGGCUGUCACCCUCUCCACCUCCUCCCAGUGGUAUACAUAUCUCAGCGGAGGGCAUUGUUUCCAACAUUCCCGACGGCAUGGUCACUGAUCAGUUCGGCCUCAUUGGGCUCCUCUCGUUCAUCCGGGCGGCUGAGUCCGAGCCGAACUUAACAGCUCUAGCUCUUGGGUCGGACCUGACCAGCUUGGGACUAGGCGUGACGCAAAACGAGACUUUGCACUCCUCUUUCGCGUCACCAUUCUCCGACGGUCCCAGUCGGCCGCAGGACAUUGACUUUCCUGUUCCAACAGAGUAUGAAGUCAAGCAUCUCCUGGUGGAAAAGUUGGCCCCGAUCAAGCUGCAUCGCUACUGUGAGGAUCUACUGUUCUACCUCUACUACCACAGCUGUGGAGAUGUACUGCAGCUGGCCGCAUCUGCCGAGCUCUACCAGCGAGAUUGGCGUUUUCACAAGGAGGAGCGAGUGUGGCUCAAGAGAGUGCCGGGCAUGGAGCCGUCGGUCAAGACUCAGACAUACGAACGAGGCCGCUACCAGGUGUUUGAGGUCAGUGCUUGGCGCUCCAUGACGCGGGAAAUGCACAUCCAGUACGACGAGCUGGAAGACUGCCCACGUUUGCCGGGCGGCGUGCCGUAGUCCGGAGCUAGCUCGCUGACCCCACCAAGCGCAACACAUGUAAGUAGUAUAUGUAUAUAGUGUACAUUCAGGCGGGGGCAAGUGCCAGCUUGCAGGUGCCCGCUUGCAGGCCAGCUUGGUGCUUCUUGACGCUUCUUGACGCGGACGUGUUUCGCUGGUCCCUCUUCUUCUUUUCCCCUUCCUCGAUUCUAUCUGUGUGAGACAGUAGUAUAUAAUUAUAGAGAGAGAGAGAGAGCUUGACUGUGCGCCGUACUGAACGUUGGGUGGUGUCGAGUGCACCUAUCUUGUGUACAUCUCUUUCCCACUCCUCUCCUUGUUUUGUUUUCUUGUGGAGGUGGGUAAUUGUUUGUUUUUUUGUUGGUGUGGUGUUGUAGUUCCAUGCCCGUUAUAGAGAGUAAUGCGCUGCAUUAUUGAAAUGAAUACUCUGCUCGUUGAGCUUUUUCUUGCAUCCCCACCCCACAAACACACAUGCACUUUCCCUUGCAUCAUGUCGUGUACAUAGCUAGUCUAGUCCAUAGACGACGUGUGUAGGAGCAUCGCAGCUGGUUGCGUAAGACUAUUUCAUCAUACCGGUCAUGAUACCGUAGCCCUAGCAUUCCUCCAUGGUCCCAACUAAGUCAUAAUAGAGCAUUACAUUGCCAGCAUACUUACCUACUCUCACACCAUCAUACAUCAUACACACAUACAACAUACAUCAUACACGCGUACAUACAUACGUACGUACAUACAUACAUACAUACACCUACCGGCUACUGAGUACUGUCUACUACGUACAAUACAAUACAUACAUGGGGCAUACAUUCCGACGCUCCAUAGCAGGCAGUAUAACUUUGACACGCUGCUUGGCCUGUCUCCAACUGCCCAACGAUGACAUCAUAGUAACCAUGAUCAUGUAUAGCACACUUGCACAUACACCCACACACAUACUUUUAGCCCAUCUAUCCAUCCACCCAUCUACAUUAAUAUUUUGUUUGUAGAUCUUUACUUGGCCCGCUUGUUUAGCUGUUCUGUCAUCGACAGAAGAGAUGCUGUAAAAACAUGUCAUAUACUGCAUGAAAACCAUGCUUGCCUGAUGUCCUUUUCGGCUCUUUGUACAUCCACUACUCGUCUGGGCAAUGCCAUGCUUUUAUCCAGCUAGUCCCAAUCUCAUCAUAGAACUGUAUUGGCAAUGUUGGCUGCUGCAGUUGCCUCCUGGCUGCUGGUCUUGUACCAUAUGUUCCCCAAUCACUGCAUGUCCAUGUAAGGCGUCAAGUUGGCGAUACUUCACGCAUAAAUAGUUCCUAUGCUUUUUUGUCUCUUCUUUCUAUACUUGUUUUCUUAUCACGCUGCUGCCGUAGUUCCAUGUCUUUUCUCUUUUUUUCUUUUUUUUUGAACAAAAGUGAUUAUUGUACAACCCGUUCCUUUACCCCAGAGAAAGAAUAUUUCAUUUGAAUAUUUCAUCUGAAUACUUUCAUGUUGUUCUUCCCUCAAUUGUUAUUCCUCCCCUCUGUCUUGAAACUUUAUUUGGUGUUGAUUUGAUCUGACAUAGUACUCUCCUCAUAUAUUUUUUUCCUUGGCCAAGGGAGUGGAUGUGUGGUGGUUUCUA